CGCGCAUGCAAUUAACAACAGUCGCGCUUUUUAUCACCAUCCUUUGUAAUUAGUAUCAAAUUAAAAUGGUAAGAUCAAUGCCAAAUACUCUAGUGGAUUCCAUAAAAGAAUGGGAAUCUUACAUGGAAAAUCUGGAUGAUGAGCGAGCUACCUUUGGAGGAAUAUCAAACAUGCACCAGAAAGGCGAUUUAGAGAAACCUGAAAGCUUUGCAAAAGAUGCUUUUCAAUAUUUUGAUGAAGAAAAUGAGAGUUUGAGUCGACGGAAAACCAUUUUGCUACGGGCGAAAAGAAGGCUUUGCCAACAAGACCUUCUAUGGAAGCAUUGUGAUGAUACAGAGGAGAAAUUCUUGGAAGAAAUGAUAGGAUUACUUAAAAAUCACGUUGAACGGAUGUUAAAAUUCUGUAGGAUGGUUUGCGAAAAAUUGUCAGAAACAUUCCAAACUACAAUGAAAGUUGCCAAGGAUUUCCAAGAUUGCAAACCUUCUCAAGAAUGGUUCUAUUUAUACCAAUUAAAAUAUUUGAAAAAACAAGAGAAAAAUCAGAUUCUUCCUUUCGUUUCCGAAUGGAUAAUCAUGAUACAACAGUAUAUUGACUUAUUAAACGAUUUCGCAGCUAUUCAACAGAAAGUAUUGAAACUUAAAUGA